CUCGCCGGAGUUGAGCUUGACUGCUUGAGAAUGGAGAUAUGCUAUUGAUCUCGCUCAAAGGGACCUAGGGCGGCCGCCCUAGCUUGCCCUAGUGGUGGCUCCGCCUAUGGUUGUAAAUUAGAAAUAUAAUCUCUGUUUUGGAAGAAGUUGGGAAGUUCUCUUAAUGCUUGGAAUGUUAAUGUGGUGUGCUCCGGUCUGUGAAAUCUGAAAAAAAAAUUGUACAGGUGAAGAAGAUGAGAUGUUGAGUUUCAGUAAUUCUAGUUGUAGGAUUGAUCUCAGUGAGAAGAUUUACCUUUUCUAGCUAUGACCCCCCCCCCCUCUUUUUUUUAGACUAUCCUCUAACCACCCAGCAUGGUCACUACUUUGGCUAUGGGAUUGAACUGACACAACGAUCAUGAAAUCAAAGGAAUUGAAUGAAUCACAAUCAGAGCUUUUAGGGAGACUCCGAGGACUUAAGGAGGAACUGCAGAAUUGGAGGAGCAAUUUAGACACCCAAGUGACAAAGUACAAAGUUGAACUCUCUGAUAUCAAAAGUGCACUCAAUAAUGAAAUAGAACAGCUUCGUUCAGAUUUCCAAGAGCUGAGGACAACCCUUAAAAAGCAGCAGGAAGAUGUUUCACUUAGCUUAAUGAAUCUGGGGCUUCAAGAUGCUACUGAAAAUGAUGCGGGCAAUGGAAGUGGAGAGGAGAAUACAAAUGUGGAUUUGUCAGCUAACUUAGGGAGCUUGAAAUUGAAUGAUGCUUCUGAAAAUCAUGAUGAAAGCAGAGAUGCUGAGGAUGACCAGUCCCAGACCGAAACCCCUGCUGAAGAUGGUGCUGCUGACAAGGGCAUCAAGGAGGGGACCCCAAGUGAUGAAUAAACUAAGGAAUGUAAAGUGAAAUGGAAGUGGAGCUGCUUCUCUCAUGGCUUCACCGUAGGAACUUCAAGAACAGUGAUAGUGUGGGUUCUUGUAUAAGAAAACGAGCCCAUGCUUCGUGAUGGCUCGCUUGGUCGUGUAGCCUAGUGUAAUGAAAUGCUGUUGUGACCUGCUGAGGCUCAAGCGUCCAAUCGCCUCUGGAAUUACCGUGACAGUCAUUGUUUAACCAACCGCAAGUAAUCAGCUGGUAUCGCCGUAUCAGUAGCAUUUGCGUCCCUGAAUUUGUUUCA